AUGCCGCCCGGAAUCUAUCGCCUUCCGCUCGAGCUCGUCCGAAAAGUCGCCGCAGAGUCUAGCAGUCACGACCUUGCUGCUCUUGCUCUGACGGGCCGUCAUUUCUACGCCUGGGUCAAUCCUUGUCUCUACGAAUACAACAUCAAGAAUGAAGAAGCCGAUGCUGCAGUCUGGGCCGCUUCUCACGGCCGUUUGGAUACCCUACUUCUACUCGACGCAGCGAAGACUGGAUCCUCCAAACCUUUCGUAAACAAGAAUUGGAGCGGGCGUGCUCAGUACAGAUGGUUGAUGGACCGACUGCGAGCUUCUCGGUUGCCGCUGGAGUUCACUCUUCUUCAUUUGGCCGCGCAAGGGAGCCCUGAUGCUACCAAAACACUUCUUGACGUCGGCGCAGACGUCCAGGGUGGAGGUGAGGAUGGGCCUCACUCUUACACACCAUUGUGGAAUGCCCUUUCCCAAGGUGACCUCGAGGUGGCUGUCAUACUCUUGAAGGCUGGAGCAAAACCAUUUGCUCACAGCGACAAAGACGGGAAUAAAGAUGCCCCAUUCAGGAAGCAGCUCCGGCGUCGUCAACGUGAGUUGCACACGCCUCUGCUGAAAUACACUUUGCAAGAGGACAACACUACAACCAACAGUGGACAGCGUGGGGUCCUACAACGCAAGGUCAUCCGUGCGCUUCUUGAUUUCGGAUGUGACAUCAACGACAACUUCAUACGCUAUGGUGAGGGUCGCACCCCUCUGACUAUGGCUGUGCGGAACUCAGAUUCAGCCACUGUUCGUUUGCUGUUGAAGAGAGGAGCCAAAGCCAACGUAAAAGACAGAAGGCCCUCUGCGCUCUGGCACGCACUCGGAGAGCGUGCGCCAGCAGCUCUGGCCGAGAGAGUGGACAAAGUCACGGCCUUGGUAGAACACGGCGCCGACUUGCUCGAUCAGACAAUCAUCUACGAGUUGAUCAUUCGGCGCAGCCCGAGGGCCAUGGUGGAUGCUGUUGCUGACACUCUGGGUCCUGAGAACCUGACCGAUUCGAAUAAGAUUCCCGGGGUCCUGGCGAUUUGCUGCAUAUUCCAGGAGCGCAAGUUAUACGACAGCAUCAAGAGAUACGCUCAACCCCAAGCUCGAGCUACGGACCAGGAUAUCCGAUACGCUCUUGGACAGGCAGCUCACCAAAAGCGUGCGAGUGUACCUGCCUUCUUGGAUGAGAUGCGUCCUGGACUGACUGUGGAUGUCGUGCUGGAUCAAUGGCGCGGCAAGAUGAGUUCCAGCUUGGUCAAAUGGCUGGAAGGGAUCAGAAGGCUUGAGAGCGGUGAAUAG